AUGAAUGGAUCAAAACGUACUGCCAUGACAAACGAAGAAGUUUUUAUUUUACUGGACUUGGUAGAAGCUAAUCCAAUCAUUACUAACAAAAGCAUUACCGCAUCAACCAACAAGCUCAAAGAAGAAGCUUGGACCAACUUAACCAAAUCAUUUAAUGCAUCAAUUUCCAGUGCUCCUAGAAGUACAGAUCAACUUCGAUUCAAAUGGGACAACUUGAAAAAAAUGGCACGUAAAAGGUCACCGGAUUUCACUUUAAGUAAUCUCAAGCUUGCUGGUGAUAAACAGAAGUUAUCGACGCAAGAUGAUAUUCUUAACCGUGUCAUAUCCAUCUUAGUUACAACAUGUGAUGGUUUUACUGUGCAGUUUGGAGGUGACUCAGAACAGCUUGACCCAUUGAGGGGUAAUCUGCAGCAGUCUUUUGUAAGUUCUACGCCCACAUCGGAGCAACAGCCAGAGAUUUACGACGACGCCGCAUUCUCUUUCCCAGUCAUAGAGAAUGAUUUGGAAGAGGAAAGUGCAGAACGGCGAACUUGUGACGAAGACCAGAGUACUAAGAGGUCCGUAACUCCGAACUCGAGGCCGAUCGCUCAAGUGCCACGCCAGCGGCCACUGUUGCUGAACACGUCUACAUUCGACGAUGGCACAGUAAGAAUACGGCACAAGAAAAAGCUUCUGGAGGAGGACAUCAAAGCGCGCACAGCAAGAAAUAACGCAAUAGCCGAAUACUACAUAGCCAAAAGAAAGAAGUUGGAACAAGAAAUCGAUUCUGCGCACAGUAUGAAUUUGCAACAAGCGAAUUUACUGAUAGAAAAUCAACGAUUGAAAUCGGAACUCGAGAAACUUAAGAGUAGACUUAGCACAUGA